UUUGUUAACUAUUUGAUUUUUGUUUAAAUGUACAUACAUAAUUAACAAUUGCAUGCGAUUUAUUACGAACAAACCCAUUUAAAUGUUUUAAUUUUUCUUCGUUUAUUCUACCAAUAAUUAAUAAAUAAAUACUUGUACAAAAUAUAAAUAGUAAAAAUGUCUGCCAGCAACAUCCAGGUUGCUAUUAAACUUCGUCCCAUUGAGCCUAACCAAACGAGCAAAUGGGAAGUUGCUGGAAAUUCCAUUAAACUUGUAGAUGGAGGUGGCCCGGAACCUUUUUAUUUUGAUCACAUAUUCGACCAAGAUGCCAGCAAUCAAGUUAUUUUUGACACAAUUGCCAAACAAAUUGUUGCUUCUGGAGUUAAAGGCUUUAACGGAACCAUCUUUGCCUAUGGACAAACUUCAUCUGGAAAAACUUAUACAAUGAUGGGGGAUGAUCAGAAUCCAGGUGUAAUGGUCCUAGCGGCAAAGAAAAUCUUUCGAGAAAUUGAAAAUUCUACUGACUGGCAAUUCUUAUUGAGAGUUAGCUACAUUGAAAUCUACAACGAAAAAAUUCAUGAUCUCUUGAAUAAAUCAAAUACAGAUUUAAAAAUUCACGAAACUCCUAAUGGCGAAGUGGCAGUCAACUGCAGUGAAAACAUCAUCACUUGCGAACAGGAUUUGCUAGUCCACCUCCGUGAAGGAAGUAAACAGAGGAGAAUUGGUGAAACUAAUAUGAAUGAUCGUUCAAGUCGGUCUCAUGCUAUUUUUCGAAUUAUUAUAGAGUCUCGAAAAAUUGAUCAAACCGAUGAAGAUUCUGUUCAAAUAAGUAUUUUGAAUCUUGUCGAUUUGGCUGGUUCUGAAAGAGCCGAUCAAACAGGAGCGACAGGUUCUCGUUUGAAAGAAGGAAGUCACAUAAAUAAAAGUUUACUUUUUCUCAGUCGAGUUAUCAAACAACUUGCUGAAGCUAAAUAUGUUUGUUAUCGUGAUUCAAAAUUGACAAGAAUAUUACAAGCGUCAUUGGGUGGAAAUGCUUUAACUGCAAUCAUUUGUACAAUCAAUCCAACUGCUGUUGAAGAAACAUUGUCUACUCUAAGUUUUGCAAAUCGAGCAAAAGUGGUAAAGAAUAAGCCACAAGUCAAUGAAGUAGUUUCAGAUUCCGCAAUGAUGAAAAGACUUGUUAAGAAAAUCGAUGCUUUAACUACUGAACUUGAGGUGGAAAAAACUAAAAACAGUCAGAUCAAAGUUAGCCAAUUACAAAAACUGCUAAAUGAUGAAAUUCACAAAAUCAUCAAUAGCAGUACCUCGGGUUCGCUUAAAGCUUCAUCGAAAAAUCGUCGAAGAACAUGGUGUCCAUCGUCUAUGAUUCCAUCCUUACCCGAAGAAACUUCAGCCAAAACAGAAACUAAUAUUCCUCACAUUUCAGUGCCAUUUACAGCUCAUGUCCCGACAAAAUUACAAUUACCCAAACCCCCCUUUAACUUUACACCACACAUAACUGUUCGUGAUGUAUAUUAUCAGGAAAAACUGAAAGAAAUCGAAUGUUCACCAAGCAUUGAUGAAGAAUUCAUUCCAGGCGAAGAUGUGUGUUUCGAUGAUGUAUUAACUCCACAAACUUCACCAAUGAAAUUAGGUUUCAAAACACCAACAAAUUCUGAUUUUAAAUUAAGAGCCAGUCUAACGCCAAAACUCACUGAAAAACAAAGUUUGCUAAAAGUCGAACAGGAACUUAAGGAACUUGAAACAUUUACCAAUUUGGAAAAUAAAUUAAAUGUAGAACAUGAUGCUUUUGAUACAUUGAAAUUUAAAUUGGAAAAUGCUGAACGCAUCAUUGCUGGAUUUGAAAAGGAACGCGAAAGUUAUGCGUUUAUGAAAAUUGAACAUUUAGAAGCACAGACGAAUUUAGAAAAUUGUCAAAAGAGGUGCCAGGAUCUUGAAUCGAAAGUCAAAGACUUGGAAGAAUCAACUGCAAGAAGUUUAGAUCGUUCAAAUCGUUAUGAAAAAGAAGUCACGGACUUAAAGGGGAAAAUUAAUAAACUUGAGAUGGAAAAUCGUGCAGCAGUUGGAUUAGAGUUUGAAUUUGAACAACAUAGAAACAAAUCCAAACGCAGAGAAACCGAGCUCUUAGAAGCUUUAGAAGAGAAACGAAAAGAAAUCAAUAAACUUGAAAGAUCUCUUCAAACAAUUACAAAUGAAAUGCUAAAUAAUUCUAAAGAAGAAAUCCAACAAAUAUCCAGAAGUUUAAAUGAAGCUGAUUCCACAACUACGUGUGUAAAUUGUAAAGAUUUCGAACGGAUAUUAACGGGAAAAAAACAAUUAAUUGAAGAUUUUGAAAAAUUGAACACGGAUAAUCAAACAUUAAAUUUGAAUAUUGCCAAAAUAUCAGCUGAAGCUGAAUCUGCUAAGCUUAAAGCUGAUUAUCUCGAGACUGAAAAUACAUCUCUUAAAAAAGAUAUUGAGAACUUAUCAUCACUUCAUGGAACACUAGAGGUUCUACAAGAACAAAUUGGUAGUCUACAGUCGGAGAAAUGCAGGUUAGAAUCGGUCAAAAUAGAGUUUGAGGUCAUGUCCAAGGAAACAGCAAAUAAAAUCGCCGAAAAGAUCAAUAUAACUCAGGAAAUCCAAAAUCUGAACACACAGCGAGAUAGUCUCGCAGCUGAGUGCAAUAAACUUCAAACAGAAAUCGAUUUGACUAUUUGUACUCGCGAAGAAUUGGAGAAAAUUCGCGCUGAAAACAGUUCCCUGAAUUGUGAGCUUCAGGAAAUUAAAACAAAACUUGAAACGACCCAAGAAAAUUACUUGAAGCUCAUGGACGAAAAUCAAAACAAAUCGGAUAGCUUCGAAAAACUAAACAUGGAAGUUAUCUCAGCGAGAAAUCAAUUGCAAACUCUGCAAAAUGAGUAUCAAGACAUUCAAAAGAAAUACGAGCAAAUUCAAGCUGAAUGCAAUAAACACGAGGGCACAAUUGGCGACAUCCAAUCUGAGUACGAAUCAAUUCAGAAUAAAUACCAAUGCCUGCAGAAAGAGUAUGAGAAACUAGAAAAUGAUUCCGUCCAAUCUUUUGCCGACUGUGAUCGGGUUCAAACCCAGAAUGAGAAUCUUGAGACUGAAAUACACGAUUUAAAAAUAAAAGUUGAAGAAGCACAACGCAAGUUGCUGGAGAACGAAAGUCUUCAGUUAGAAUUGGAAUCAUUAAGAUCAGAAAUGAAUCGUCUCCAAGGAGAAUAUCAAAAAAAUUUGGAAAACGUUAAGAAACAAGAAGGUUCAGAUUUACAAGCAGAGAACUCUAAGCUUAAAGAGGACCUAAGUAGUUUGCAAUUGCGUUUUAACGAAAUUCAAAAGGAAUACGAUGACAUAUCCACCCAACUUGUUGAUAACUUUGCUGAUUACGAAACGCUUGAAAACAAAAUGGCCAAUCUUCAAGAUGAGUUCGAUCGGUAUAAAAAUACUGCAGCUGCUGCUGCUGCAAACACCGCGGAUGAAAUCGAAACCAUGAAAACAAAAACUCAAAAACUGGAGGAGGAUAAUCAGGAGUUGUUGAAAGAAAAUAUUGAAUUAAAGAACACUGUAACAUCAAUGACCAGGUCUCCGUCGGAAAAGUGUGACGAGCCGGAACAAGAAAUCAAAAGUGAAUCACCUACAAAGCCUCUCAACGAUGGCAUUGAGUUCGUUCAGCUGGCCGAAUCCGUUUUAGAAAUAGAAAUAGCCCUUGGAAAUGGAGGAACCAAGAUUUUCAAAGCCUUAGGUUUCAAUAAGUUUUCGAAUGGCACAAGACUGAUAAUUGGAAACAUAAGCGAUAUAUCGCAAGGCACAUUCAAUGAACUUCGAGGAGCUAUUGAAUUUCUAAUAUCCCACGAUGUGCACAAACUAAACAGUGACAUUUUCGAUUCACUUGAAAUGGAAAAACACACAGCAAGUCCUCCAACAAGCUGCGAUUCUCUGGAAGGUCCUUGCCCGCCGCAAUCUAACGAAGAGUUAAUUGAAGAGAAAGCAAAACUCUUUGAAAAUGUUCGUGAACUGCAAGAAACUGUUGCAGUACUCAAAUCGGAAACAGUUGAACUUGCAAAUGCACGACGCGAGUUAGAAGAUGUGCAACUGAUUGUUGAUCAAUUAAACAGCGAAAAAUUAGAACUUAGGACCAUUUGUGAAGAGAACAAAUGUAAAAUAAGUGAACUGAGUGAAAUAAUUUCUCGCGCUGAAAGUGAAAACAUGAAAUUGAUUGCUGACUGUGAGGAGCUGAAAAAGGCUGUCGAGUUUGAGGGCACAGUAGAGAAUGUUUCGCGUGAAAGCUACGAGGAACUUAAGCGUCUAUACGAAGAAAUAAACAAACAAGUGAUUGAGAGUGACAACUGCCAGAGUUGUCCUGAAUUAAAAGCCCAGAUUUUGACCUUGAAAGCUGCGUCUUUAAAAGAGGCAACAAAAAGCAAUUCAAUACUCGAUAUAUCAGAUCUGAAUAAGAGCAAUAAAGACUUGAAUGGUGAAUUAAUGUGCACAAAUUGUAAAGAAUAUCUGAGUAAAAUUUCAAAGCUUGAAGCAAUUGUAAGUGAGAGUUCCAUCGAACAGCUAAACGGUAGUAACAACCCUGAUAUUGUUCCAGAGUCCAUUCAAGAAAUUAAUGAGCACAGAGAUACGAAUGGAGGCCUGGAAAGAAAAAAUUCAUGGGGAAGUUCGGAUACUGACGAUAAAGCAGUCCAAUAUGAAGACGAAAUUUCAAAUUUGCGGGAAGAAUUGGAAAAUGAAAAGUCCAAACAUCAAGAGGUUCAAAGCGAAAUCAUUGAUAUUCGUGCAAAAUUCACAGAGCAAAGUGAAGAAUCUGCCGGCAAAAUCAAAAAUUUAAAUAUAAGAUUAACAAAACUACAAACAGAAUACGAUGAACUCGUCAGCUUCGAACGGAUGAAAUCCACUGAGUUGGAAGAAUCAGCUUUAGGUUUAGAAAUGCUUAAAAAAGAUUGUAGUCAGCUGCAGGAAACAGUUGCUGGUUUGAAAAACACUGUGGCAGUUCUUGAAGACGAACGUAAUAAUAUUCUUCAAGAAAAGAUAGAGCUGGAGAAAAAUAAAAACGAUCUCAACGAAGAAGUAAAUAAACUGAAAGAAGAUAACAAAAUUAUCUUGGAUGAGAAAAAUACAGUCCUGGAAAAAUCUCAAUUUGUUGAGAAGGAGAAAGAAAAAAUUACAGCGGACUUUGAGGAAUUGCAAACAAAAAUUCAAAAACUCGUGGAAGAUCGUAAAAUAAAUGAGGAAAAUGAUGAAAAAUUAGAAAAACUCAAAGAAGACUUGGACCAAAAUUCAAAGGAAAAACAAGAACUCGAAGAAAAGCUUAAAAAGUUCGGUGAAGAAUUGACGACUGUGUCGGCUGAAAAACAACAUCUUCAAAGUGAAUUGGAAACCCUUAAGGAAGAACAUGAAGCUCUCAAAGAGAACCAUUUAAAGGAGAGAGAAAUUUUGCAUGAGAAAAUUACUUUCCUCAAUAUAAAAAUCGAAGAAUUGACAAAUGAAAGGAAGGAACUUGAAAGUGCGUACGAAAAAGCCAAAAAUCGGUCCGAGUUUCUUCUUCAGCAGGGAAAAAAUAUGGAAGAUGAACUUAGCCUGGAAAUUUCACAAACCCGUAAUUCAAAUAGUGCCAUGAAACAGGAGAUGGAAGAACUUAAACAGAAGCUUCAAAUUACGGAAGAUAAUUUACAAGCUGCCCUUGAACAAAUAAACUGCGAAAAAGAUCAAUUACAAGUUGAGCAUGACAGCAGUAAGAAUUCUUUGCUUGAAAAAAUAACCGAGUUAGAAAGCGAGUGUGCUCUCUUGAAAGAAGAGCUGGCUGCUUCGAAACAAAGUCUCUUGGAUGAAGUCAGACUAAAACAAGCUCUAGAGGAUAAAUGUAAAAGUAAGGAAGAUUUGCUUGCACAGUCUUCCAACACAAAGUACUCACUAGAAACAAAAUGCUCUGAAUUAGAGGAAAAAUGCAAAUAUAUAAAAGAACAGUUGGACGAAACGAAACAAACGUUGUUCAUGGACAUGAAGCAACUUGAGGUUUCAAAAAAAGAAUCCCUACAAAAAGACGAAGUGAUUUCCGAGCUUUCAAAUAAAAACUCAACUUUGAUCACGCGAAGCACCCAACUUGAAGAAAAAAUUGCAGCAUUGCAAGAAGAGGUUGAAGAAACGAAACGUGAUUUCUCAGAUAAUGUUCGAUUGAAAAAUGAAGAGUCUUCCAAAAAAGACGAUUUAAUUUCUGAACUUUCAACUAAAAAUACUUCGUUAGUCUCUAAAAGCACAGAACUUGAAAACCAAAUUGUGCUUUUGGAAAAACAAUUUGAGGAAACCAAACUCUGUUUGGCUUCUGAAAUACAUUUAAAAGAAGUUCUCGAGAAAGCCAACACUGAGCGAGAUGAUCUGAUCGUACAAUUGACCAACAACAAUAAUUCUCUUGUAACAAAAAGCACAGAACUAGAGGAAAAACUUGCAAUCCUGGGAAAUCAAUUUGAAGAAUCAAAACGCCAUCUUUCGGCCGAAGUCAAUAGACUGAAUAAAAGUCUGGUUGAAACAAGCGCCGCGAGCACUGCACAGAGUUCCAAAAUUGAUGAUUUGAUGCAAAAAAUUAAAACAUUUGAAAGUGAGCUGCAAGUUGCUCAGAGAACAACUCUGGAAAGAGAUGAUCUCUUACAAAAAAUCGAUCACUUCCAGGAAGAAUAUGAUUCACUUGCUCUAAAACAUGCCAAUUUAGAACUAACAAAGUCAUCUUUUGAGGCUGAACUGAAUUCAGCUCGAAAGGUUGUAGUGGAGAAUGCAGCUCUGAUAAAAAAAUCCAACGAGCUCCAAAAUUCAUUGAUGGAGAUUCAAUUAAAGUGUGAUUCCUUGAAAGCAUCAAAUGCUGAGUUGGAAAAAGCAAAUCAAAGACUUUCAAAGGAGCUGACAGAUGCAAUUCAGCAGGCUGAAGAGUGUAACCGGCUGAGGAGUGAAAUUGUCACACUCCGGGAGGAGGUUGAAAAAGAAAAGAACAUGAAAAACAAACUAGAUGAUGAUCUGAAAACUCGUUUAAAGGAUUGGGAAUCUAAACAACUUUCAUUUUCAAACCAAAUUUCUCAACUUCAAGCCAACAUAAGCAGUUUGAGUUUAGAAAAAACAAGUAUCCAGAAAGAUUUCGAGGAUACCAUCAAAAGUAAUUCCGAUAAAAUUGUCCAACUUGAACAACAAGUGCAAUCGCUGCAAAAAGAUCAAAAUAUGAACGUGUCAAAAUCAUCAAUUUCACCAAAAAAAGAAAAGGGCAUGGAACAUUGGAUGACUGAAAAUCACCAAAUGAAAAUCAAAAACAUGAGCUUAAUGGACAAGCUUGAUUCGUGUCAAAAAUCAUCUCCCAACGAAGAAAGAAAAAACCGCAGACUGAGUACGCAUGAUGAGAGAAGGAUGCAAUCAUUUUGGGAUAGCAAUCGGGAUGUCUCAACAAUGACUGACCCUACAAGUGCUGAAUGCAGUUGCUCUGAAAUGAAUUUGAAACUAAACGAACUGAAACAGAAACUCCUCAUCCGUGAUAGUCAAGUAAAUACCCUCUCAAUGGAACUGAAGAACCACCCUCUGAAAACAGAGAACGCCACGCUCAAAAAGCUUUUCGCCGAAGAAGAAUCCAAACAGCAACAAUUGAGAAAGGAAAUCAAAAAAUACAAAAGUCUUAUAGUGAAUAGAACCAACGAGAGCCGACAUUGUGCCAAAUGUGCAGAUCUUUCAAAGAAAAUAUGCGUUGAUAGUUUUUGCCAGACAACCGAUACCGAUGAAUCGGAGUGUUAUCGUAAGCUUUUGAGCAAAUACGAAGAUCUUAAAAUGAUUUGCCGUGUAAGACAUACAAAAAUCAGAGAACUCGAGGAUGCCCUCUCGAAGGGUAAGGAGAAUGCAAAUAAUGAUAAUAUAUCCUCGCUUCACAAUCAGCAAUACAGACUAAAAUAUGAACAAUUAAAAAAGGAACUGAACUUACUCCAAGAAAAAUACGAGGAAGCAAAACUAUUAUGCAAUAAGCGCUAUGAACAACUUAACAAACUUUCCAACCAACAAUUGGGAAAUAGUUAGGUAAUUGUUCGAUAAGCAAUAACAAAAUUCACAAAACUAAAAUACUUACUUAAUUUACAUUUUCGUCUCAAUUUGUAUAACUUUAAAAAAAAAAAUAAUAUAUUAUUUUCUUUUUUUUUUGUUUGUAUUAAAAAUGCAACAAUAUUUGUACAGUAUUACCAUUUUAGAAAAUACUCUUGGGAUAGUUAGCUAUUUAUUAUUUAGGGAAAAAAACAACUUUGUUUUGUGUGUGUGUUUUGGUCGUAAGAAAGAACAAGUCACUAAGUUUACGAAAAAUAAAACAAAAAUCUGAUUUAUUCAAAAACCAAAAACUUUUUUUUACUCACUUAGUAUUGUUGAAGAGCUUAUAUGCUGUCAAAUCUGAUUCAGAGAUAAAACAAGAAGAAGGACUUAAUGUUCCUCACGGUCGUGAAUUUUUAAACAUGAAGUCAAUUUGCCCCAUCGAAGAGGAUUCAUACAUUGAGUGAUGGUCGUAACCUAAUUAUAAAAACCGAAUCGGAAACUAUAUGUGGAUGCAAAUUUUCAACACAGUAAAAUAUAAGGAAAAAUAAUUUUGGCAGAAUGAAAUGACUUUUGUUGCCAUUCGUAACAAAAAUUGUCCAUACUUCUGCGCGUUAGGUGAUCAUCGAACAGAUAAAGCAGGAAAAUGUUUGGUCUCAACAGGAAAUUGACAGGAGUCAAGGAGUCUGCAUCAUUAACUAGCUGAACCGGUCAGCGCGCUAUUCUUGCAAAUCUACUAUUUGUUUCCUCUGCGAAUUCCUAAAACCUCUUGUUGAAGACGAUCGACCCAAAAAAACAUUCAAAAACUCAUUCUGCAAGGUUUAAAAUUGUUUUCAUUGAUCAUUUUUUAGACAAGUAGGUUUUGCAUUUUACUUUCACUUGAAACAAAAUACGACAGAUUGUUAAACAAUUAAGCUCUACCCGAUUGAAUAAUCUUUUAAUAUUAAUGUGAGCUCCUAUUAAUUCAAUUUGAAUGUUUUGAGGCUGUCUUAAAAGAUAUUCAGGAUACCAGAUAUGGCGUGAUUUGGCGCUCCUUAAGCUCUAAUUUAGCCUAGUUACGGCUGACCACAGCAAUCCCUUUUCCUUCAAAUUUGUGCUUGACGUUAAGGCAGGACACCACAUCUUAAAGUUCAAAAUUUCAACAACAAAAAAUGUUGAUGUUGAGUGGUAGUACCCGUGAUGAGAAGGUUAGUGCGUCAGGCAAGGUCUUGGGUUCAAUCGUUGCCUGUUCUACCUAAAAGUUUUUUUUGCACGAGCUUUGCUUCUUGCGAGGAUUUGUCAAAUCCUGUAAUAUAUUUCUUCUCAUGAAAAGUGCUUUCUCAAAUUAGCCGUUCGGAUUCGGCAUACAUACAUAAUAUAUUAUUUAAAACAUGCAAAAUGUUUUAAUUUGAAGCUAACAAAUUAACAACAAGUAUUUAUAAAGGGUCACCUAUUUUAUAUAACACGGUACUCAAGAUAUACAUGGGUCUCCAGUCCUUUCUGCAAUAACCUGAGCUUAACGUGAAGCUAGCUAAAUUCUGAAGGUUUAGGGGAAAGAACUGAAAAAAUUAAUAUUGAUUUUGAGGGGGAAGGAAUUUUGUGUGCUCAGGAUUAUAGGAAUUUGCACAAAAAGAAUGUUAAAUUCUGGAAUCAUUAGAAUUUUGAUUAUGUUUAUGGUUUUAUUUAUACCCUUUAAGAUGUUUGGAAUAAACUACCAAGAACAAAUAAUUGGCAAUUGGUAUAAAAGGUCCUAUAUAUUAGGAUCUAUUAAAUUCUUUAAAAGUUGACAAUAUCGUCAUUUCUAUGGAACACUAUUGCAAUUAAUAUUUGCUCUAGUUGAAACCUUUGUAACCAUAUACUUCCUUAACACCAUGGUUAACAGCUCUGUGCCCAUACAAUAAAUUUAUGUACUGGCUAAGUUAUCCAACGACAAUCAUCUCAAUUGUGGGCAACAGGUAGAUCAAAAUGCCCAUUAUCCUUAACAAAAUGUGUGUAUAACGAAGGGCAGAUUGAAAAUUGACCAAAAAAGCAAAGAUUAUGUACUUUAUUAGCUCAGGAAUUUCAUUUUAAGUAUUUUAUCUGCCUUGAAAAAUUAAGGAUAAAAAAAGACAACAAACAAUUGUUUA